AUGUGCAGUAGUCUGCUACAGUUCAUCCAGGCACAAGGGAAUUAUGCCAAUAGUGUCAGCAUCGAUGCAUCCAACGGCUAUGGAUUUACAGUCCAAUACUUUGACAAUUACAAAGUAGUCGAGAACCUCAUUACAAAUCAAAAGUAUGCUUUGGUGUGCUGCAACCAGUCAUUGGCCAAUUUCACCUCUUCUGGAUAUCAUGCUGUUGUGAAUACUCCCCUGACAAAUGUUGGCAUUGAUACUGAAUUAGAUAGCCUUCCAUUCUUUGAGUUGUUGAAUCUCAGUACUGUGGUGAAGUCAGCAAGCCCAAGUGCUAAUAUCACUUCUCCCUGCUUUGCCGGUGUCUCUGACGGACCAAAUUCAACUACCACUACUGUUAUCGAUGCCAUCUUUACAGCGCAAGCCAACAAUGCUGCUUUGGGUACCAAACCUCAAUACAUUAGUGUUUCUGCAGGCAGUGAAACACUCUCACCAGUUCAGCAAUCAGCUUGGAUUAUCUACAUUGCACAAUUCUUUGAGGUUGAACAAAAGGGGUUGGGUAUCUACAACAAGAUUGCAACAAAUUAUGAAUGCCACAAAUCAAAUUUGGCUCAUUCUGGAAGUAAAAACAUUGCCUGGACUAUGUAUGAUGCUGUGAAUAAGGCCUGGACUCUUCGCUAUGAUAACUAUACAAGCUCAUUGAUUCAAGAUGCCGGCAUGAAUUUGGUUGGCGAAAACAACAAGACAACCACAUUCUCCAACUUGACCCUUUUCCACAGUGCUCUUGAAGAGGCAGAGUUUAUCAUUGAUGAUUCUGCUGCUGCGAAUUUCAAGACUGAUUUUGCCUACGGAGACUGGCUCUCUGCUGGUGGAUUGAGCCCCAAUACCAAUUCUUAUGCAUUCUUGACAAACCAAAAUGUCUUUCGCACUGACAAGUUGAUCAGUAAAACUGGAUUCUCAGAUUGGCCCAUUCGCCAUGCCGCAAGAGCUGAUCUUGCCAUUGCUGAUGUCAUUCAUAUGGUAUACAACACCUAUGAACCCGAUUACGAAAUGACAUGGCUUCGUGCCUUUGCUCAAAUGGGUAAAUCUGGAUUUAUCUCCAACGCAACAUAUCCUAGCUGCACAAAUCCAGCUGAAAGACUCGCACUUGAUAUCUGUACAUUGGAUGCCUUCAAGCCCAACUCCACUGUUGAUGGAACUCCCCAUAAAUCAUCCAACCCAAACAUUGAAUCUGGCCUUUCAACUGGAGGUAAAGUAGGUGUAGCUAUUGGUGUCAUUGUGGGUGUGGUUGCUGUUUCCGUCAUUAGUGUAUUUGGUUACAGAAAGUACAAGUAUUCCGCCAAACCCCAAGAGGGUACAUUCUACAGAAUGAAUGAUGUUGCCUAA